AUGCGGUUACCGAACCUGAUGGACGACAUGGCCAAUCCCGCGGAAGAAGCAUACCGUGCCCAGGUGAUCCGGUAUGUGGACUCUGUCUUUCAUGAGUGUUUAGACGAAGAUGCCGGAAAAGCCGUGCGACAACAGAGGAAGCCCAUCGAUCCCGUGGAGGAGGUCAUGACCAGCACCUCGGCUCUCACUGCGGCCUUCGAAGACGAAUCCAACUUCAUCGCGGGCAGAUCAACAGAGACGGACAGCCUGCCGCUUCAAGGCACCGUGGAAGAUCGUCGAGGAGACAGGGUUCACAGAGGAUGGUCUGCUUCAGAUCCGGCGCAAUCACCCGCUCGUCAACCGGGCCUGGCCAUGGUGUACUACAUCACGAACUACGCCACCAAACUGGAUACGCCGAUGUGGAGGCGCAUUGCUCUCGCCACCGAGGUUGCCCGCCAACUCCGCGAAGCCGAGGUCUGUUACCACCUCCUUGGAUAUGAUACCGACUUUACCAACGUGCCGCAUUGGUCUUUCCUGAACCUGACGGCGCUCUAUUGGGCAAUCUUUCGGCUAUGGUCACAUCUCCGCCAUCAGGCCGGCGAGCUGACGGACGCUGAACAGCCCGCGGAGACAAUCCGUCUGAGGCAAGGAGGGCGAACCCUUCUAUACCUAGACGCGUAUGCGUACCGGGGCCAUGUUCUACGAGACUUAUGCCUGUAUGACUACAUGUCAAUGAUUCAUUUGGAUUCCGACUGUGACGACUGGAUCCAAAAGCUUCGACGGCCCGACCAGUACGCCAUCCCGAUCUUCCAAGGAUACAUCAGCGACGACCAUGAGGACGAUCACCCAGUCUAUAUUAAGCGAAAUUCGGUCCUACACUUGGCGCUAUUCGUCCCUUGGGAGAAGUUUAUUUCUGAGAGCCAAGGCGACAUAACCGACAUAUGGACGACGCAUCGAUCGGGGCUUUGUCCCCGCCUCCGUUUCCAUGUCUCCAACAUUGGUCUUUUGAGAAAAUCUGCCGAAGACGCGCAAGGACGCGAAGCUCUGGGCCAGUCGGCCUACAAAGCUCUGCUCCAGAUUUUGCGAAAUGCCGUGCAGGAUACGGACGCCACAAAAGACUCACCCGUCCUUGGAGGUCUAAUACACGAUCUGUGCGAAGAGAACCCGGCUGAAGAAGAGCAACCUUUCGUCCAACGUCAAGAGGAUCUGUACCGGAAUAUGCCCGAUGAUCAAGGUGACGCCUUGUGUCAAUUCCCCAUAUCUCGAGACGAUGUCCAAGCAGCGGCCAAGGCCCAACAACUAUUGCAUCUUCGGAUGCUGGACGAUAUUGAGGGUGGUUCUCAGGGCACCGUACUAUCCACGAAUGGCGCCGACAUUGACGAUACCCUUGCUCGCUACGGCGAUAUGGAGUCCGCCGCUGCGCUCCCGGGCAGUGACCUCAAUGAACAAGGGCCUCGGAUGCUUGUCGACGUCAGUCCGGCAACUAGCUUCGCGGAGAUUGGACACACCGCCGCGGCCAGCUUUACACUGAACUAUCUACAGACCAUGGCCCUUCAACUCGUUUGCCUGUUUCUGGACAAGUAUACUGCCAACCCGGACUCAGCCGGUCAGCAUCUUCAAUACACCGGCGGGCCAGGUGGCACGGGAAAGUCGAGGAUUAUCGAUGCCCUGAAGGGCGUGUUCGCGGCGAGGAACCAGCCGCAUCUUCUGCAGAUAACCGGCACGUCGGGCAGUUCGGCGGCCCAUAUUGGCGGCACGACCAUCCACUCGGCCUGUGGGUUAGAUUCCCAUCGCGAUCCAAACAAACCGCCUCCCCUUCUCGGAGGCGAAGAAGUGGAUCUGAAACAGAAGCUGGUACUCGUGAUUGACGAGGUCAGCAUGCUGGGAGGAGCCACUCUGCACAACGUCAGUCGUCACCUGCAGGCACUCCGUGACUGUCCGGACGAACCGUUUGGCGGCAUGCCCGUCGUCCUACUGAUGGGAGACUUCUACCAGUUCGCCCCCGUGCGGGAAACAAGCCUACUGAUCAUCAGACCGCCGGACCGAACAGAGACCCCCCUGCGACAGGCGACCAUCUCUCACCACAGCGGCUGCAGAUUGUGGCAUCUGUUCAAAACCGUGGUGCUCCUCGAAGACCAAGUCCGCGCACGCAACGAUCCCCAACUCCGUGCACUCCUGGAUCGAGUUCGUAACGGGCGCCAGACCCAUCAAGAUCUGAGCUUGCUCAACGCCAACAUUGUAGGACGCUCGCAAAUCACCUUCCACGAUGGUUUGCGCGCUAUAACGCCGCUGAACCGCACCCGGUGGGCCCUCAACAUGGAAGCUGUUGUGGGCUGGGCGCGCUUCAACAAGCGGCACAUCCGUAUCUUUGUCUCGACUCACACCUGGCGUAGCGGCGCGCUUUCUCCAGACAUCGUAGCGCGAACCGUCGGACAAGGCGACGACUCUGCCUGCAAAGUCCCCGGCGUCUUCUUCUACGCCCAGGGCAUGCCCGUGGUUGUGAACAAGAACAUCUACACUGGCCUGAAGGUUGUGAAUGGGGCCGACUUUACCGCCGUGGACGUGAUAAUCGAUCCCAAUCACCCGGGAUACUGCUUGGCCGAUGACGUGACCAUCCACUUCGGGCCACCACUCGGCAUUCUUCUGCAGUCCGAGGAGACGAAAGCCUUGGCGAUACCGUCCCUCCCUGUGGGGACGGGUAAAACGUUCGUCGAAGUACUGUUGGAGCUGCGUGGAAAUCGUGUGAUCAAUGGUGAACCCUCCAAGUGCGAUUUUACGAGCCUCUACGUCCAACUGUCCAGGUGCACCUCGCUUCGGGGCAUCAAGCUUCUGGUCCCGUGA